UAGAUAGAAAUUCAAUUACAACAACAUGGACAAAGACGACCGUACAUACCUGCGUUCCUUGUUCUUUGCUUACGACCUUGAUGAUUCUGGGAAGAUAGAGAGGGGGGAAUUUUUGGCCAUCUGUCAGGAACUUUGUAUCUCCGCAGAUGAGGGGGGUCGGAUAUUUGAGGGUCUGGACGUGGAUGGAGAUGGAAGUGUCACUUUGGAGGAGUUUCUAAGAGGGUUUAAGAAACGCCGAAACCAAGAAGAUGAAGAGAUCGAACCAGAACUGGAACUACCCAAGGACAAGAAGGACAAUGUGAAAAUCAGGGGCAUGAGCGCGGAGGAGCAUGCCCGGUUACGUGCUCUCUUUGACGCGUACGACGUGGACAAGUCUGGGCGGAUCGAGAGGAGCGAGUUUUUGACCAUCUGCGCCGAACUGCAGGUGCCCACAGCGGAGGCGCAGCGGAUAUUCCAGCGGUUGGACGCGGAUAGCGACGGUACCGUGAGCCUCGGGGAGUUUGUGAGCGGCUUCCAGCAGCGCUACGGGGCCGACAUGGGCGACGCCGAGCUGGGAGACGAGUGCGCCGCCUGGGAUGGGUUCGAGAGGAGGCUCGGGGACCAGGCCAAGUUUAUCCCCAGGACAAACCAAGCGGCACUCCUGUACCAGAACCUAAGUCUGACGGAGCCUCGUCUCAUCCCACAGUUUGAGAAAGUCCUCAUGAACUUCACCAAAGAAAUUCGACAGGUCAACAAUGAGAUGGAGAACCUGGCACUGGCCAUCAAACGAGCACAAGACCAGGCCACGAUGCAGCUGAGUGAGAUGGAGGAGGAGAUGGACCAUCGUAUUCAUGCUGCAGAGAGGAAGACCAGAGAACAAGAGAAGAAGCGUGCUGAGGCCACACUGAGUGAUCUGAAGAGGAGCUAUGAGACUGAAGUGUGUGAGCUGGAGUGUAAGAUCCAGAGGAUGCAGAUGGCUGAAGAAAAGUACAAGAAUAUAGUUGUCAAAGAUGAGAGUCCAGCCCUCAGGAAGAAGAUCAAUGAACUGAUGCUGGAGAACCAGCGUCUUAAACAGGAGCUGCUGAGGUCUCAGACUAAAGUGUCAUGUCUCCAGAGUGAGAUGGACUCUCUGAAAACCGAACUCACCGAUCAGAGCAUCAACUAUGAACGAGACGAGGAGCUGAUGAAGCAGUUUGCAGAUGAGCGAGACAUCCUGGAGGGUCAGAUCGAGAUACUGCAGACGGCCAACAGGAAGCUGCAUGACAGUAAUGAUGGACUUAGGGCUGCUCUGGAGAGGGUCACCAAGUCUUCUAAUGGCAGCUCACCAGACAAGAACAGGAGCAAAAGCAUCUGCUACUCCUCCCCCAACACCAUCAUCGAGAGAUUCUGCCAGCGUUUGGAUGACUACCCUCUGUACCAGCGCAGACCGAGCUGUGACUCUUUGGCUCUGGCCCUGUGCGACCCAGGGCUGAGGAGAAGGAGGGACAGCAGUGAGUGUGAGGAGGACAGCCUACCCGAGGUGUUCACUGACAGCGGACUCUCCACGCUCAGGGGGUCUCACAUGGGGGCGGAGUACGACAGGGGGUGUCUGGAGGAAGAGAUGGAGGAAGAGGAGGAGGAGAAAGAAGAGAGGAGGACAGGGAACAACAGAACAGGAGACAGUAUCAUGGAGGAGACAGAGACCAUGGAUGCAGAGUCGGCCAUCGGCUCUGACAGCAGCUCAGUCCUGGAUUGGAAACCUGCAGAUACGUCCAGUGUGACCGCUCCAGAACCCAAAGUGAGGAGGACUCUCAGCGCCAUACAUAUACAGAAGGAGGACAUGGACAGUACAGACUUGGGCUACAUGACCUCGGAGAAGGCAUUCCGGAUCGUUUUGGCUGGAGAUGCUGCUGUGGGAAAGUCCAGCUUCCUGCUCCGACUCUGCAAAAACGAGUUUAAAGUCCAUUCCAGCACUACACUGGGUGUUGACUUUCAAAUGAAGACUUUAAUUGUGGAUGGGGAGCCUACAUUACUUCAGAUCUGGGACACAGCGGGACAGGAGAGGUUUCGGAGCAUUGCCAAAUCGUAUUUCCGCCGUGCAGAUGGUGUCCUGCUGUUGUACGAUGUCAGCUGUGAGAAGAGCUUUCUAAAUGUGCGUGAAUGGGUCGAUAUGAUCGAGGAUGUGUCUCCAGAGGACAUUCCCAUAAUGCUCGUGGGAAACAAAUGUGACCUGAGACAGGAGGGGCUCACCUGUGUGUCCAACACCUACGGAGAAAAACUGUCUAUGACAUACAGCACCCUGUUCUGUGAGACGAGCGCUAAAGACGGCUCCAACGUUCUGGAAGCAGUUCUACAUCUGGCCAGACAGAUCAGAAAGUACCACGAGAAUGUUCAAAUCACUCGGUACCAGUCUCUGCCCAGUCUGGCCGCUCCAAGGAAGAAACCACAAUUCUCCUGCUGCACUUGAUUCACAACGCACCAAAAACAUGGACUAUUUUAAUCAAUGCACAACGGGAAUGUCUGUUCGACAAAUGGCUUGAACUCUGCAUCUUAUUUUCAGUGAUUUUGUCAAGUUUAAAGAUACACUAUGUAAUCUUCUCUGAUGUCUGUCACGCUUGGCUCCAUGGAGAUGUUAUUGCUUUGUCUGAAAGUUUCACAGUGUGGCAUUAUACUUUAAUUCAUAUUUUUUCUGCAUAUGUAAUUGAAUGCUGUGAGCUCAGUUGGCAUUUCAUCAUUCUGACCUUUUACUUGGCCGUGUAUAAUACCGUACGGUGGAACAUUCCAGGCGUAACAAUAACCUCUCCAUGGAGACAAACAGGUCCACCAAAAAAGUUACAUGGAGCACCUUUUAAAUGUAACUGUUUGAUGGGCCUAGAUUAUUUAACUUUAAAUGUUCCUUUUCAGUUGAUUGCUUCUUAUUCUAGGCAAAGUUAUGCAAAAAUAAGGUAAGGAAAUGGCACUUAUCUUUCUGAAAAAAAAUUAUCUUUUAUCUUUUUAUCAUUAGUAACUGUAAGCUUCCACACUACGGCAUUAAACCUGUCAUGGAGACGAGCGACAGCACCAGCUCAAGUUACAGGUCUGAUCUUUGGCAAUAAAAACACUUGUCCAUCUUGCAUUUACUCAAUUACAAGUUUAAUGCCGUAUUGCAGAACAUUCUAGGCAAUUCAAUAACUCCCCCCACUAGAAGUUAUACAAUAAAUAUUCUACGACCUAAAUAAGCUAUUAAAAAUUUCAUCCAAAUCAAAACUCUAAUUGAGAUUAAUAUUUUAAAUGUAUUUUUAAGUAAGCCAGUUUAGACCUCCCUCCCAGCUGAGACCAACGCGAUCAUGUUUGACACACUAUUUUAUUUCAUUUUUACAGUUUUAAAUUUUCAGUGUUUACAGUCAACAUUUUUAACUGCAUUUCAAGACAACUGAAUGGUUUAAGUAAGUGGACAGAAACUGAAAGAUGAACUGUUUUAAUAAUUUUCCAUUUUCACAGUUCAGUUAGAAAGUUCUGAGAAUUUUAAAGAGAAGGGGUAUUGUGCAAUUUUUUUAGACAUAAUUCCAGUUUAUCAUUAAUAAUAAAUACACUCUUACAUUACGUUCAAGUUCGUCAGUAUGCCAGAUAGUCUUUUUAAAUAUAUUUUUAUUGGUUUUACUUUUUUGUUGUCAAAAUUAUGAAAAUGGUCAAAUUACUUUUAAUUUCAUAAUAAUCUUGGAACAAACAGUUUGCACAAUAUUAGAUUAGAUUAGACUAGUUUUUAGAAAUGAUAGUGAUAAUGUGGCACUUGAUUUGAUUACCUGAAGAUGACCUUUGACCUAAGAGCACGGAAUUAUGGGAAGUGAAGUUUUGCAGUUUUACCACUUUUUCAAUGCUACCUUACAGUGUUAUUUUUAUGUCUUAAUGUCCAAAAUGUUCAUUAUUUUAGAUUGAUUUUAUGAAAGUAUGAUAAAUAUACUAAAUAAAUAAAAGUAUAUAAAAUGCUAUUCUGUUGGAGAAUACCACUUUACACUAAACAUAUGUCUCUUUAAUAAAACAUGAACAAAGACAAGUGCAUGUGACAGAUCCAUAUAUUUUUCUGAUUAUGACUUGGUUUGAUUGGAUAGUACUUGUGUUAAAUAUAUUUUAGUUUACAUCAGUUAGUGGAGCUUUGUGAAGAAAAUUAGAAAACAAAAACAGGAAGUAGCGGUGAGUUAAACAGAAUUCCUCUACCUCUAUAUCAUUAGCACAAACAAACCAAAAAGGCAGGAACAACUUGCACAUGGGAAAUAUUUUUUGACAGUUUAAACAGUGAUUUAAGAAAAUAAAGGUGGUGUAAUUUUUGUCUUAAGCAUAACUGUUGUGUAAUUUUGACAUGUUAACAUCAUUUUGCCUUGUUAACAUCAUGGUUGCUAGGUAACAUACCACUGCAUAUGUCACAUCUGCUGUCUGUGUCCAACCAGGAAGUAAAAUUAUAAACUUCACCGAAAUUAAAAAAAUAAAAAAGACUACACAAGAUUUUGAUGUUAACUAUGUUUUGGAGGAAUAACCUAACCCAGAGUUGUGUUUUAUUUCAUUCGCAUGUUUAACACACAAACCCUGCAUAUUUAGGCUGAGUUCUUCUUUCAAACAGAAAACACUUGGUUCCACCUUGUGAUGUCAUGUGGCACUCCACUGUGUUUUUAAACUCCACACACCUUCACGAGAAUCAUUUGGAUAAUUCCAGCCCUGAACUAAAGCUAAAAGGAGCUUUAACAUGAAAACUACUGCUUCAUGACAUCACAAGGCAGAAUAGAGCAUUUUGACCUUUGGAGAUGUAGACUGACUAAUCAGUUUUGUUUCAUUCACAUGUUUGAGUAACUUAACUCUGGGGAUGUUUUUGAUGAAGUAUCAACAUUAUAACAUGACUAAAAGCUCACAGAUCAAUUUUCCGUAAUAUAGGACCUUUAAAGGGUUAGGAGUUAAGGACAGGGUUAGGUCAUUUAGCCUGAAUCAUUCUUAAUACACCUCUUCAAUAUGAUUCUUUGUUCAUGCGUUAUUAAGGCUAAGUAAAGUGACUGUUGUUUACAAAAUUUAUAUGCAAUAUUUCAAAUACAUGGAAGCUAUGAUUUUACAAUUGAAAUGUAUUGGGUGAGUUAGCACAUUUUUGCCCAUUGUAAAUGAUGUAAAUAUAUGUUAAUCCGGAUUAUUACAAUAGAAAUAAUUAUAAUUAGUCAGCUUGUUCUAUCACAAAGUAGGAGACUGUUGUACUACUUCCUACCUGUAGGUGGAGUCGUGAGCUAUUGUAAAUCCUGUUUACAAAACUGCAAAAUAAAGACAGAAAUGACUACAUU